CUCGCGAUCCGCCCUGCAGCGGCCCACAGCAGGCUCCAAGAUGGCGGCGGCCGCCGCGGCCGGCGGGCAGGCAAUAGAAAAGCAGCUGAAGAUUUGUGGCUAUAAGAGCAGUGUGGAUGUCGUAGCACUGUAUCUGGCUAGACAAGGACUAAGAAGUAUCCCAAGUCUAUCACAGUUUCACAGAUUAAGGUAUUUGUGGAUUAACAACAAUAAGAUCCAGGAUUUAACCUUCUUGAUCAAAAACUAUUACUUGACUGAACUCUAUCUCAACAAUAACGAGCUGACAGAUAUAUCAGGUGCUCUGAAACACCUAUGUUCAUUACAGAUUCUGUUUCUUCACAACAACGAGCUAAAGAAACUUGGCAAAACAGUGAAGGAAUUGAAAGGAAUGAUAAGCUUGCAGACUCUAAACCUAUUCCAAAACCCUCUGGCAUAUGAUCCAGACUACCGGCUUUAUGUGAUAUACUCCCUUCCUUCAGUUCAGCUCCUUGACAGGAAGUUAGUUACACAAAAAGAAAGGGAGUCAUCAUUUCAUCUCUAUAACCCCAAAAGGGCUUGGGUCACACAGUCAAUAGCGUUUGGGAAGAGAGCUGACACAUCCCUGGGGACUGCAGUGGGAUCUGGCAGAUGCACUCAACCAGCCAGAAGACCAAUAAUGCCCUCAGGUCAUGAAUUUGGAAAUAACACUAAUAAAGUGCCAUUUGAGGACCCCGAAGAUGCAGUUUUAGUACGGGCAAUGACAAGAUCUCUAAUGGAAUUUUCCUCUGUGGACUGGAACAAAGUAGCCACCUGUCAAGAAAGACGGCUUCAAAACAAAGCAGGAGAGCCCCCUGAGAAGCUGACAGUCCAGUUUAGAUGAAAAAACUCCUGUUUCUCUCUCUAAUGUUAACCCCAUAAGUAGGUUAACAGCUCAAUAAAACAAGUCCAUAACAACACUCAUCUAAUUAAGUGAAUUUCCAGAAAAAACAUGUUAGUGUAACAUUUCUUUCACCCUAUGUUGUAUAGAGAGUGAAGGAAUUAAGAUAACAAAUUAUAAAUAGUGGCAAUGUUAUAAUAAAAGUUGUUUGAAAUG